AUGUUGCUUCGUCACCUGUCCGUGACAGGCGCCCUCUGCCUCAGCAGCUGUGCUGCCGCUGCUGCCGUGCCUUACUCCUACAUCAGUUCCCCCCGCUCGGCCAGCGCCCACCAGAUAAACUUGCCUGCCGUUCCAUGUGCUUUCUCCGACUCCAGCUGCAACGAAGCACUCGACCCCCUUGCACACCUUACUAUUGAUUUCUCCACGCAAAAUGGCGUCUUGCUGGCCAAUAAACAACCCAUCUUCCCCGCGUCUGUGCCGAUGCAGUUCUCUGUGGACCGCAAAUGGGACGGCAACAAGCAAUCCGUCUCCGUCGCCUACGCUCUGGAUGUCCGACCACUCCCAUCUCACCCUGGUGCUCCCGUGGGCGAUAUCUACCACCUGAAGCUCCGCCUCUUCGACCUGCACGGCCGUCCCGUCACCGACCACGCCGUUGCAAUCGGCCUAGUCCGUGACACUGCCGACAACCUCCAGAUCACCGUGAUCGACCCCAACUCCAGCCGCGAGCACGGCCACGGUAACAAGAUCUGGCGCAUGAAGGAGUGGAAGUCCAAGGUCGAGUCCUACGUCAACAACGCCAAGGAAGCGGUAACUGACUGCCUGAAGACGACCCCCUUCUCCCACGGCCAGCACGAGCACGAGCACGAGUACGAGCACGACCAAGCCCGCCCCUACCCCCACGACUCCCCGGCCCCUGCCGCUACUCAGUCCUCGCACGAGACGUCGGCUUCGACCAAGUACCCUCCCGUCUUCCGCACGAGCCACAACGGACAAUUCUUCUGGAGCGGCCGCGAGCGGGGCGUCAUGCGACAGAUCCGCGCCAUCAUCUUCCCUGCUCUCCUGGGCGUCGUGGCCGGAGGCGUCGCCUGCGUCAUCGGAUUCCUCCUUGGUCGGAUGAUCAUCUCCGUUUACUUCUGGGCACAGGACAGCCGCCGGCCCCAAAUCCCCGUCAUCACGGUCGAAGACGAGGAGCCCCUGUCGGAGAAGGAGGCACUGAUGGAGAGAUACAGCGACUCCGAUCCCGAAGCCAAUCUUCCCCACGAUUAA